AUGAACAUCUGCAGCUGGAAUGUGAGGGGUAUGAAUGACCCCAGUAAGGUUGGAGAUAUUAAGAACUUUGUUAAUGUCAAUCAAAUCAGUGUAGUUGCUCUCAUUGAGACUAGAGUUAAGUUGAAGAAUAGUAGCAAAAUCCAGAAUAAGUUUGGGGCUCAAUGGCAUUGGGUUUCUAACUAUGAUCAUUCUGAUAGGGGGAGAAUAUGGAUUGGUUGGAAGCAUAGGGUGGUAACAUUCACAGUGGUGUACAAGUCUGAACAGAUUAUUCAUGGGAUAGUGUCAGCUAAAUCAGCUAACUUCACUUCUGGUUUUACAGCAGUGUAUGGUCUUCAUUCCAUUGAAACCAGAAGACCAUUGUGGAGAGAAUUGAGUAGUUUAAGUGCCCUUAAUAAUCUAGCUUGGUUGGUGAUGGGGGAUUUUAAUUCUGUUCUCUAUUCUGGGGAUAGAGUGAAUGGGCAUGAGGUGCAUAGAAUUAGUUCAAGAAUUGAUAGAGCUUUUGGCAAUUCCUGUUGGCAAGGUACUUACUCUGAUGUGGUGGUUGAUUACAUGAAUCCUGGGUUGUCAGAUCACACUCCGCUGGUGAUGAAUUAUAAGGUGAAUAUGAAGAAGGGAGGUAGACCAUUCAAGUUCUUUAAUUACAUGGCAGAUCAUCCCCAAUUUUUCCAAGCUGUGCAGAAAGGUUGGGAGAAGAAUACAACAACUUCAGCAAUGCAGAAUGUAUGGAGCAAGCUUAAAGCAGUUAAAGUAGAACUUAAAGCUCUACACAAACAGGAAUUUGCUCAAUUAGAAACUAACAUUGAGAAAUGCAGAAGGGACUUGGAAAUGGCUCAAUCUAUCAGCAUUGCUAAUCCUGAUGAUAGUGUUGUUCAGGAAAAGGAGAAAGAGUGUGUGGCAAAGCUUAAAUUGUUUCUGAAAGUUCAAGAAAGUGCAUAUAGGCAGAAGUCUAGAAUUCAGUGGCUUCAGCUAGGGGAUUCUAACUCCAAAUUCUUCUUCAGUUCCAUGAAGGAGAGGUAUGCCAUUAAUAGCACUGAUGUUUUAUAUGAUGAUCAUGGUACAAAGCUGACAACUGAGGCUGACAUUCAGACUGAAAUUAAAAACUUUUAUGGCAAGUUGAUUGGCUCUGUUGCAGCUUCUCUAACUGGUAUUGAUGUUCCUAUUGUUAGACAUGGGAUUCAAUUGAGUGCUGCUGAUGCAGACUCCCUCAUUAUUCCUAUUUCUGACUUGGAAAUUGAUACUGCUAUUAAGGGAAUCAAUGUGAAUAAAGCUCCUGGUUUGGAUGGUUUUAACAGUCUCUUUUUUCAUAAAACCUGGAAUAUUGUGAAAGCUGACAUUUACAAUGCAAUCAGAGAAUUCUUUGAUACUGGUGUUCUGCUGAAGCCAAUUAAUAACACUGCAGUAACUUUGAUUCCAAAGAUUCAGAAUGCCUCCACUGUGAAAGAUUUCAGACCCAUAGCUUGUUGCUAUGUGGUUUAUAAAAUCAUUUCAAAGAUCUUAACAGCAAGAAUGCAAGGUGUAAUUGGGAAGUGCCUUGGUUCUGUCUCUUAUUCUAUCCUAGUGAAUGGAUUUCCUACCAAACCAAUUCCAGCAAAGAAAGGUUUGAGGCAAGGGGACCCCAUAUCCCCUUAUCUGUUUGCUAUAGAUGAUCUGCUGAUGUUUGCUAGGGCUGAUAUUCCUUCUGUGUCUGCUAUUUUUCAAGCUUUUACUAAAUUCUCAAAAGCUUCUGGUUUGGAAGCUAAUUUGCAUAAGAGUGAUGUGUAUGUUGCUGGUGUAUCUGAUACUGCUGCUAGUCAAAUUGUUGAUUCUUUGGGCAUAGCUAAAGGCUCAUUUCCUUUUACGUAUUUGGGGGUCCCACUUACUACUAGGAAACUUAAUUAUAAUGAUUGCAAGCCUUUGAUUGAAAAAACAGUUGCUAGAAUCAAAAUUUGGGCUACUAAGUUUCUGUCUUAUGCUGGAAGACUGCAACUAGUUGAAGGAAAUAAUGCCCUCGGUAAUGAAGGGUCAGCAAGAGCUCCUGUUGCUUGGGAAAGUUUAUGUUUGCCCAAGUCAUGUGGAGGGUGGAAUUUGAAGGACUUAACUGUUUGGAACAAGGCAGCUGUGUUGAAGCACUGCUGGGCUUUGUCAAUAAAGCAAGACAGAUUAAGGAUCAAGUGGAUGCAUACAUACUAUGUGAAACAUCAUAACUUCAGGACUAUGCAAGUUCCUAAUGGGCUUACAUGGUCUAUGAGGAAAAUUUGGGCACAUAGAGAAGUGUUUGUGGAUUCUGGGGAAAUUGAUCAGGUGUGGAGUUCUGUGUUGAGCAAAAUUGGAGUAGACAGAACAAUUCAGACCUGGCAAGGGGAGAUUGAUUGGGAAGCAAAGAAGAGCAGAGGUACAAAGCCAAGAGACAAAAUCUGCAGUAUGGCAUUUGUGGAAACAGUUUACAAUAUCUGGCUACAAAGAAACUCUAAAGUUUUUAAAAACAUUAUUGAUUCUGUUGAUGUAACUAGCUCUAGGAUUGUUUUCCUUAUUGCUUGUAGAUGUGAUGAUCAGAUGAGGAAGUGUUUGAUUUGA